GUCAAAUCUUACUGGCUUGGGCCCAAUUAUAUGCAAGAAGGCGUGAUGGGAAAUGAUAUUACACGCAGCAACGUACCCAAUAUUCGUAUCGCUUAUCGUUACGAAACGCUCACCCAAGAGCUGCGCAUGUUGUUGCGUGCUGUUCUGACUAGGCGAUCUACCGGGCCGUCCAGUGCACCUCUGACACCGAAUUCCACCACACCACAUUCACCGAGCAAGCGGCCUAAUCCCCACGGGCCAGGACGAGGUCCAUGA